AACUAGGGAGGUUUGAUACGUGGGGAGGCUUGAUACACGUUCAAAUUUCCCACCUCGAGUCUUUAGAGAAGGGAUAACCACGUGCAGUGCCAAGCGUGAACAUCGAAACAGUCUGUGAUACGAUAUCGCAAAGGUCGCUUGUCGUUUAAAAGUUUUCAAAGUUAAAGUGUGUUUUCUACCUAUUCAAUAUGCCGUUUAAAUGGAAAUCCAAAGGUCGAACGAAGUAUUCACCAGAUGAUUUAAAAAGGGCAGUGCUUGAAAUAGUGAAUGAAAAUAAAGCACUUAGAACUACUGCCAGGAAGUACAAUGUUGACAAAAUGACAUUGAAAAGAUAUAUUUCAAAAUAUAAAGAGGAUAAAAGUAUCACCUUUUCCCCAAAUUUUGUAACUUCACAAAUUUUUUCGCCUCACGAAGAAUCUCUUUUAAUGGAAUAUUUGCUCACUUCUGCAGACCUGUACUAUGGUCUUACGCCUAAGCAAACAAGGAAAUUUGCGUAUCAGUUUGGCCAAGAAAACCAAAAAAAGAUACCAGAAAAUUGGAGGAAAAACGAGUGUGCUUCUUACGACUGGCUAAAAGGUUUCAUGUCACGUCAUCCCCAAUUAUCGCUGAGAAGUCCUGAGGGUACCAGCUUAGGCAGAGCGACUGCGUUCAAUCGGCAUAACGUGCAAGAAUUUUACAAGAAUCUGCGCAAUCUAAUGGAGCGAGAACCUUUUGGCCCAGAAUCCAUAUACAACUUAGACGAAACUGGAGUCACUACUGCGCACAAACCCGAAAAGAUUAUUGCCCGUAAAGGGCAAAAACAAAUUUCUAAAACUAUAUCUGCAGAACGUGGGACACUGGUGACGGUGUGUUGUGCAAUAAAUGCAUUGGGGAAUUCAGUGCCACCAUUUUUUAUAUUUCCCCGUGUUAGAUUGCAGGAAUACAUGAUACAUGGUGCUCCUCCAGGUUCCAUUGCUGUAACGCACGAAAGUGGUUGGAUGACCGCUGAUAAUUUCGUGAAAUACUUAGAUCACUUCAUAAAAUAUGCAAAAUGUUCGAAAGAAAAUAAAUGUAUAUUGGUCCUUGACAAUCACGACAGCCAUAUUUCACCCAAAGCUUUAAACACUUGUAAGUUAAACGGCAUACAUUUGUUAACUUUACCACCUCACACGAGCCACCGAUUACAACCACUAGACGUAUCGGUAUUUGGCCCAUUUAAGAAAUACUAUAAUGAACAGGCAGAUGCUUGGAUGGUCAGUCAUCCAGGGCAAACAAUUUCAUUAAAAAAUAUACCGGCAUUGGUUGGACUAGCUUAUGUCAGAGCUUUCUCACCUUCAAAUAUAACCAAAGGAUUUUCCACUACUGGAAUUUAUCCAUUCAACCCACAUUUAUUUGAAGAUCUAGAUUUUGCAGGAGCGGAAGUUACAAAUCGACCAUAUCAGGAAGUAGGACAAAACCCUGAGGAAGAGCCGGUUAUAGAUGAUCCAAUUGCUCAACCUGGCACAUCCUCAUCUCAGCUGGAGCCAACUUUUAAUACAAUGGAAAAUACCACCACCAUCCAAAGCACCCCCUCUGCUCCAUUUAAAAGUCCUGAAGAAGUUCGUCCAUAUCCCAAAGCACUGCCUCGAAAGAAAAAAGGGGGCCGAAAGCUUGGUCGGACUAGAAUCUUAACCGACACUCCGGAAAAACAGGCCAUUGAAGCCGAAUUUAAUUCGAGGGAAGAAAAAAAACGGAUGAAAACGAAAAUAAAACAGGUGAAACGAAAAAUAUCUAGUGAAACUAGAAAAAGUGAUACUUUUCAACAACACAAUGUGGAGUGUAGUGAAUCCUACCCGAAAAGAAAAGUUUUGGAUAGAAACAGAGAAACGGAAAGAAGUGUGUACGUUGACUCGAAUUCUGAGAGUGAAAACGAGAAAGAUCCAUUUUCUGAUACAGCUGACGAUGACGACGCCGCCUGCAUCUACUGCAAUUCGUUAUUUUCGGCAUCUCGUUCUCGAGAAAAGUGGAUUCGUUGCCAGCAAUGCUUAAAAUGGUGCCAUUCAGCCUGUGCAGGCGUGAACAAUAACAUAAAAACCUUCACUUGCGAAUUAUGUAUCGAUUAGAAAUUAAUGUUGUAUGUUUUAAUGUUGCAUGUUUUAAUAAUAAAAGAUUGCGUUCCUAUUUUUUUUUAUUGUAUCAAGCCUCCCAUUUAGUGUAUCAAGUCGCCCAUAUAUAGGGAGGUUUGAGACACUUUGCAUUGAGAAUUUCAAAAAUUUAUAACCAUGGUUAAAACGUCAAUUUUUAACAAUGUAAUAUUAUCAAAUUCCUAAGCAAAGCCUUUAAAUUGCGCUCUGAUAUAAAUUU